UCCGCAUAUCACUCAAUACUGCUACCUUUUCCACUUUUGAGCUCUUUGAUCACUAUUCUCAGCAGCAAGCGAUUCCCAGUCCCGGCAGGUUUCCUCUUCAGCUAUGUUAGAAGGCAAAGCGGUAGUUAACGAGACUGAUAUGCUUGAAACAAUGCAGCAAGAAGCACUCCAAUUAGCCGCCAAGGCUCUCGAUAUCUUUGAUGUCACUCAACCUACUGAAAUAGCUCAAUUCAUAAAGAAGGAAUUCGAUGAAUCGUAUGGAGCUGGGUGGCAAUGCAUAGUGGGAACAGAUUUUGGUUCGUUUGUGACCCACAGCCAGGGGUGUUUUAUCCAUUUCUGCAUAGGUAGCCUUGCAUUCUUGCUCUUCAGGGGUGCAGCUAAUCUAGCCACCUCGGCGGAGCUAAAUAGGAUUCCGACAUUGGAGGCCUCAAAUGCAUAAGCUUUGCAUCAUAAUUCCCUUUCUUUAAUUUUCUGUUCAAUUCAUAUUGACAAAUAAAUAAAUGAAUGUCGAAGAACGGAUUCCAAGUUAUGUCAUCUCUCAU